UUCAAAUACUCCCCCUUGUGUUUCAGAAUUCACCUAAUUGAAAACAUAACUCUUGAAACCACCUCCACCUAACUUCUCACGCAUCACCCAUUUCCCCUCUCACCUCUCUCAUUCCCUUUAUCCCCCAAAACCCCUUUCCUCAAUCAACCCUUUCCUCUACCUACCUCAUAAAAAUCCUCUCUUCUCAAAUUUCACCCCAAGAACAAACACAAAAACAAAAAGUAGCACCACAUUAACACGACAAUGAAGGUUUCGGUGUCGAGAAAGCUGUUCACAGCAGGCUUAUAAGCUUCUGGUACGCCUCCAGCAUGGAAGCGUUGCUGCUGAACAAAUACCUUCCCAACAACCACGGUUUCAGUGCUUGGCUACCGUCAGCAAUGUCAGAUCCGAACCAGAUUUCGUUCGCUCUAGCCUUCUUGUGCAGCGCUUUCGCCGCUUGUUUCGCCGAGUUUUGUACCAUUCCUCUGGACACAGCUAAGGUCAGGCUUCAACUACAAAAGAAGGUAGGGGUUGAUGAUGGAGUGGGUUUACCUAAAUACAAGGGCAUGCUAAGCACAAUUAAGACCAUUGCUAGAGAAGAGGGUAUAUCAGCUCUGUGGAAAGGAAUUGUCCCUGGUUUGCAUCGCCAAUGUUUAUAUGGAGGCUUAAGAAUCGGAUUAUACGAUCCUGUCAAAACAUUUCUUGUUGGUAGUGCCUUUGUUGGAGAGGUUCCAAUAUACCAUAUGAUCCUGGCUGCUCUGCUCACUGGUGCUUUAGCAAUCACGAUUGCUAAUCCAACUGAUCUUGUUAAAGUUAGGCUUCAAUCUGAAGGUCAUCUGCCAUCUGGGGUACCUAGGCGUUAUUCUGGUGCCAUAGAUGCUUAUUUAACUAUAUUGAGACAGGAAGGAAUAGGGGCCUUGUGGACUGGGCUUGGGCCAAACAUAGCAAGGAAUGCAAUUAUAAAUGCUGCUGAAUUAGCUAGCUAUGAUCAAGUGAAACGGACGAUUUUGAAAAUUCCAGGGUUCAUUGACAAUGUCUAUACUCACCUUCUUGCUGGCUUAGGGGCAGGUCUUUUUGCUGUAUUUAUUGGUUCUCCUGUUGAUGUGGUGAAAUCCAGGAUGAUGGGGGAUUCAACCUACAAAAGCACAUUUGACUGCUUUCUCAAGACUUUGCUUAAUGAGGGAUUUUUGGCCUUCUAUAAAGGUUUCCUUCCAAAUUUUGGUCGAGUAGGAGCCUGGAAUGUGAUUAUGUUUCUUACUUAUGAACAAGCGAAAAGAUUUUUGAGAGGAUAAUUCUUACUUCAUGAUUGAUAUUGACGAAGGAAAAUUAGUGUUCUUUCUCUGUUGAGUGCUAUCAGAAGAACGGCAAAUUUUUUCGAGAGGUGGUCUUUCUACAUUCAUUCCCCACUUCUUCCUUGUGGACGGACAUCACGCUUAAAGUAUUUAGUUAAUGAAUAAACCGUCAAAUCACCUCUGUAUAUGAUUGUCUCCUGCUUGUGCCAUGUGAAAGGCCACAAUUCAAAGUUUCAAACAUUCUUAGCCAAUUAAUAGACCCUGAAAUUACAUUUACUUGAAUGACCUACAUUGUACUGGAUUGAUGUCAGAUACAUUUUUCUGGGAAAUAAAUUGCCUAUUUCCCUACUUAUUGAAUGAAACAUUAAUGCAAACUAAUAUUUAGAGGCUCUAUAAUUCA